AACAAUGUUUUGGUUCCUGGCGGUGACGUAAUACACAAAAACAUGGUUCCCUUGUUUUGAACCUGAAAAGCGUGCUAAGUGCUUCUUUAACUUCCCUGCGCACGGAGACACCAUCGCGAAACCGAGUGACGCGGAAAUAUUAACACGGACGAUGGCUCAGGCCGUGGAAACGUGCGCCGAGUCUGGACGCAGGCUGCGCUCCAUCUGCCGGAGGAUGUACGACGAGAACGAGGAUCUGUCAGAUGUCGAGGAGAUCGCGAACAUCCGAGGGUUUAGUGUCGAGGAAAAGCUCGCCAGUGACCGUUACAACGCGAACUUUGUCCGCUGGAUGGACGGCAAAGACUUCACCUAUGAAUAUGUGCAAAGGGAGGCUCUCAGAAUCCCACUGAUUUUUAAGGAGAAAGAUGGAUUAGGGAUAAGAAUGCCUGAUGCAGAAUUUACAGUGAGUGAAAUUAAAGGUUUAGUUGGCAGUCGUCGGUCAGUGGACGUUAUGGAUGUGAGCACUCAGAAAGGCUCUGAAAUGAGCAUGGCUCAGUUUGUCCGUUACUAUGAGACACCGGAGGAAGAACGGGACAAACUGUUCAACGUCAUCAGCUUGGAGUUCAGCCACACUAAGCUGGAAAACUUCAUCAAGCGACCUACAGUGGUGGAUCAGGUCGACUGGGUGGACAAUAUGUGGCCUCCAGAUCUGAUACAAAGCCAAACAGAAGCCACCAAUGUAAUCUCAGAGAUGAAGUAUCCUAAAGUGCAAAGGUACUGUUUGAUGAGUGUGAAGGGUUGCUACACAGACUUUCAUAUUGACUUUGGGGGAACGUCAGUUUGGUAUCACGUAUUCAAGGGACAGAAAGUGUUCUGGCUGGUGCCUCCAACUAAUCAUAACCUUGCUCUGUACGAGGACUGGGUUCUGUCGGGCAAACAGAGCGAUAUCUUCCUGGGAGACCGCACAGAGGGGUGCCAGAGAGUGGAGCUUCAACAAGGAUACACCUUCUUCAUCCCAUCUGGGUGGAUCCAUGCUGUCUAUACUCCUAAGGACACGCUGGUGUUUGGAGGCAACAUCCUGCACAGCUUCAAUAUUCCAAUGCAGCUUACAAUUCACGAGAUAGAGAACAGGACCAAGGUUCGGUCCAAGUUUCGUUUUCCGUUCUACUAUGAAAUAUGCUGGUACGUGCUGGAGCGAUAUCUACACUGCCUGACCAAAAGGUCCUACCUUUCCCAGGAGACCCGCAAAGAGCCGGUACUAAUGGAUGAUGAGACAAAGACCAACACAGAGAGCCCAUUCUCUGACUCGAGGAGUCAGGACAUGAAUGAGGACUCGCAGGACGGCCCCUGCUCACCUGAGGGAAAGGGCCAGCAGCUCAAAGCCGCGUUAUCUGUGGACUCUGAGGACAGCUGUAAUCCGGGCUCCGUGUGUCUAGAUUUCCCCAAAACCCCGUUGGACUCUCCAGCGUCAGAGUCUCUGAGCAAAUGGACGCAUUUGACGGAGUUUGAGCUGAACGGACUCAGGACGCUGGUCGAGAAGCUGGAGUCGCUCCCUGAAAAUAAGAAAUGUGUUCCAGAGGGGAUAGAGGACCCACAGGGUCUGCUGGAGGACAUGAAGGUUGCCUUAAAGGAACAUGCUGACGAUGACCCCAAGUUCGCCAUUACCGGCGUUCCUGUAGUGUCCUGGCCGAAGAAAAGCACGAAGCCCCGGCUUCCCAACCGGCCGAAACCUAAGAUGGCAGCUUCCCCUGCAUCAGCAGUCAAGCUGUCGGCUACGCGGGGAACAUCUGGCGCCAGGAGGAGAAGAACGCGCUGUCGAAAGUGUGAGGCGUGCCUGCGGACGGAGUGUGGGGAAUGCCACUUUUGUAAAGACAUGAAGAAGUUUGGUGGGCCCGGUCGCAUGAAGCAGUCCUGCAUCAUGAGGCAGUGCAUUGCACCGGUUCUGCCCCACACAGCAGUGUGUCUCAUCUGUGGCGAGGCAGGGAAGGAGGACACUGUGGAGGAUGACGAGGAGAAGUUUAACCUGAUGCUCAUGGAGUGUUCCAUCUGUAACGAGAUAGUUCAUCCCAACUGUCUUAAGGUUAAGGAUUCAAAUGGCGUAGUGAAUGAUGAGUUGCCAAACUGCUGGGAGUGCCCGAAGUGCAACCACGCAGGGAAAACGGGGAAAGCCUCAAAGCAAAAAAGGGGGCCAGGAUUUAAGUACGCGUCAAACCUUCCUGGCUCGCUGCUGAAGGAGCCGCGCUUGAACCGGGAUUUGAAAGAGGAGCCCGACCUGCCCAUCGUGGCGGCCGCAACCUUUGCUGCUCUGACGGCCACGUCCGCUGUGAAGAGAAAGGCAGAUCGGGACGAGAUCCUGAAGAGGAAGGACGAGGAGCCCCCGAGGAAACGGUCCCCGCUGCUGUCGCUGGACGGGCCUCCUCGGCCGAGGCUCGAGGAAAACCCGCUGCGCAAAAAGAGGAAACUUUUCGACACGAACGAAGAACCUGUCAUUGUGAAAAAAAGGAAGAAACUUUUAAGACUGGAUGAUCCCUUAAAUCCAAAGGUGCUGCGUCAUAUCAACACAGAGAACGAUCACGGUGACGAUGACGACCUGGAGGAUCAUGAAGACGAUGGAUUUUCCCUGGACAGAUUCCAUUUAAUAGAGAAACACGAGUAUGACGACGAGGAACCAGAAGAAGAGGAAGAGGAGAUGCUGGCAAAACAGAGAGACAUUUUAGAAGACAAAACUAAAGUCUUGUUAAGUCCAUUGCUGAGAACAUCUGCAGUCCGGGAGAGCGACCAGUCGUUACCCAGCUUCACCCUGCCUCGAGCUGGACCCAGCGGUGAAAUGGCAGCUGCUCAGGAGAGGAGCUUUGCUCAGCUGAAGGCCCGCCAUCAGCGCCGACGCCCCCUCAACAAGGAGCUGAGCAAAAAUUUUAACCAGGAGAUUAUCAAGAUGGAAGACUGUCUGACCAAUCAGAACCACGGGUCCGUGAAGACAGAGGACGGUCUCCUCAACCACAACCGACGGCCCCUUAAGAAUGAGGACUCUGUGACCAAUCAGAACCGUAAGCCACUAAAAACAGAGGAUUUAAUCACUAAUGAGAGCCGUAAGGCUCUUAAGAUGGAGGAUGGUGUGGCCAAUCAAAACAGACGACCCCUGAAGACUGAGGACAGUCUGGCCAAUCAGAACUGCAGGCCAGUUAAAACGGAACCUGAGAGUGACGUUGACGAGCAGAAGCCUACAUGGCCUCUGAACCACAGCAGCAGCGACCUGGGCGACUGGCUGCGACAGAGGGGCCGGGAGGUGAACGGGACCCCGCGGGGCUACUCGCCGCUGGGCUGGAACAGAAGCCCGCCCGUCACGCCCGUCACGCCCGUCACGCCCGUCACGCCCGUCACGCCCAUGUGCCCCCGGCCGCUCCCCUGCAGGUCGCCCCCGAAAUGCAUCCAAAUGGAGCGGCACGUGAUCCGGCCCCCGCCCAUAAGCCCCCCGCCCGACAGGCUGCCGCUGAGCGACGGCGAGGCCCACGUGAUGCGGCGGGAGACGUGGAUGCUGGUGUUCGGCCACCUGACCCACAGAGACCUGUGUGUGUGCAUGCGCGUCUGCAGGGCCUGGAACAGGUGGUGCUGCGACAAGAGGCUCUGGACGCAGAUCAAUCUGAACCGCUGCAAGUCCAUCACGCCGCUGAUGCUGAGCGGCAUCAUCCGGAGGCAGCCGGUGGCUCUGGACCUCAGCUGGACCAACAUCUCCAAGAAGCAGCUCAGCUGGCUCAUCAACAGACUUCCAGGUCUGCGUGUGCUGCUGUUGUCAGGAUGCUCCUGGGUGGCCGUCUCCGCUCUCUGCACCUCCAGCUGUCCCCUUCUGCGAACUCUGGACGUUCAGUGGGUUGAGGGCCUGAAAGACGCCCAGAUGAGGGACCUGCUGUCUCCUCCUACAGAUAACAGGCCAGGUCAGCUGGACAACAGGAGUAAGCUGCGUAACGUGGAGGACCUGCGGCUGGCGGGGUUGGACAUCACCGACACGUCCCUGCGCCUCAUCAUCCGCUACAUGCCGCUGCUGUCCAAGCUGGACCUCAGCUACUGCAACCACGUCACCGACCAGUCCGUCAACAUCCUGACGGCCGCGGGCACGACCACCAGAGACUCGCUCACCGACAUCAACCUGUCAGUGUGUAACCGGGUCACGGACCAGUCGCUGGCCUACUUCAAGCGCUGCGGGAGCAUCUGCCACAUCGACCUGAGGUACUGCAAACAGGUGACGAAGGAGGGCUGCGACCAGUUCGUGGCGGAGAUGUCGGUCAGCGUGCAGUUCGAGCUGAUCGAGGAGAAGCUGCUGCAGAAGAUCAGCUAGGCGGACGAGCGCGGGGCCGCGUCCACACGGAGGCAGCAGACGACCGACCGCGCCGACUACUGAACACACAGUCCGCUUCAAGGGAAGCGGCGCUGCUAAGCCGGAAUGUAGAAAUGGCAAAUCUUGUCCAACGGAGGCAAUACUGCAAAAACCCUGUUGUUUAUAAGUAAUUUAUUUCUUAUUACGUCACGAUUAUCUUUUGGUGUUCAUAGAUCUGUUUUUGUUACGAUGCAAGAUGCGUUGCAUUAGAGGAAAUAUUUUUGUAUCAGAAAGUGUUUCAUACAUUUAUGUGCAGUAUUAAAUGCACCAGUGUACAGUAUCAUAAUACUGAACUUGUAAUCGCUCAGCUUUGCUGUUAAGCUCUUUAUUACUGAGACAAAGGUCUAAUCAUUCAUUGCCAAACUGACGGUAGUUUGAUCUUCAGUGAGUGUGUUUCUAUUUUUUCCUGGUUGGACAAAGGUUUUGUCCAUUUUGCUUUUUCUAACAGUGUUGUUGUGGAUGGAAUACAUCAAAGUGAACAUUAAAAAGUCAUUUGCACUGAUAAAGUCACUACUAAUACCUGAAUGUAUUCACAUACACAAACCAUGUGCAGUGUAUAAAGCAUAUUUUUUCCAAACCUAAGCGUUCUCCUAUAAACAGCUUCUAGUUACUUUAGCUGCUAAAACUAAAGUGUCCAUCAGUCGUCACCACCCUCUAGUAUCAUCGCUGCUUUUGUGAUGCUCUGCAUGCAGCGGAGAAGUCUCUUCAUGCUACAGUAGAUUUAGUAACAGUCAAUAUAAUCAUCUGUUUACUCGUGUCCUCAGCUGAACUCUGUAUGAUAAAAGACUGAGACUUGCUGCUGAGUCACUCCCAGCUGGGUUUUUCAUCUGCAGAUCUCUAUUACAGUCAUUUUCUAAAGCAAACGUCACGUCAUGACACAACAAGCACUGUUUCUCCACAUCUGUCCUAAAAGAUAUGUAAAUUGCAGAUGUUUUGUUAGAUAAUUCACUAAAAUACACAUAUUUCUUUUUUUAUUGUUUCCUAAAAGUUUUAUUUUUUUAUUGUGUUACAGGACUUCCCCCCUAAGACAUGAAUCAGUUUGGAUCACACAUUUUGCUACUUCCCAGCGUAACUGUUUCAAAGAUCUUUAAACCUUUGACUGAAAUAACGAUUUGAUUUUGAAGCCCAUGAGUAUUUUAGUACAUCGUUGUAAAUGUUCUCUGUACAUAAUGUAAAUGUAAAGCCUCUAGGAAAAGUUAAGUCCACCUUUGAGAUAUUAAAUUCAUUUUAAAUACGGA